GCUCGCACGCACAUAAUCAAGUGCGAUUAUUUUACGGUCGUAUUACUUGUGGAUGCGUUUAUAUCGUUCGCCUUUUACUAUAAAGAAUAAAACGUAGUAUGAAUCAUGCCCCUCUGCAUUAGUCCAAAUGAAGCCUGCGUGCAACGACUACACUUGCUGGAGAGCAAACUCCGCAGAAAAGAAGAGCGGAUUGCAGAGCUGGAGACUGAAAAUGCCUUGAUGCACCUCAAAUUAUCUGAAUGUUACGGAAAGCUUGAAAGAGGCAAUGAAGAGAAAAGUCGCCUUUGCCAGUUAUAUGAAGAACAGAAGACCUGCAAGAGAAUUCUAAUGCAAGCUGUCUCCAGGCUGUUGGAAGAAAUUCAGAUCCUUAAGCAACAUGUAAAAGAUCUGUACCACACUUAUGUUACAUUCUAUGAAGAACUUCAGAAGAAAAGCCAGGAUUUCCUCACCGAAGUUACAGCAGCCAGUGAAAGCCUGAAGGUGCACUGUUUUGGUCAAAAUGGUUUUUAUACUCGAGUUCCCAUGCUGGAAAGGGCUUUGCAGGAUAUGAAGACACAAUAUGAGAAUGAAAGGCAGAAGAGAAAGAUACUGCAUAACACUUUAGUGGAGCUUAGAGGAAAUAUCAGAGUUCACUGCAGGGUGCGCCCAAUCUUACCUAAUGAUUACGAAGAUACAGAAACACUAUUCAGAUGUGGAUCCAUUUCAGAGAAAGUGAUUCAUGCAGUUAAUGAUGACACCAUCUUUGUUAGCAGCUCUAGACCUGGGUAUCCCACAGUGAACAAAAGGAUUGAAUUUGAAAGAGUGUAUUCCUCAGAAGAGUCUCAAGAAGUAGUAUUUGCUGAUGUGCGCCCUUUAAUCACUUCACUUCUAGACGGAUAUAAUGUUUGUAUAAUGGCAUAUGGCCAGACAGGCAGUGGAAAAACAUACACAAUGAUGGGGCCGCCUGGUGAAGACAACUUAAACUCUGAAGAUCCUACAGAAGAAGGAAUUAUCCCCAAAUCAGCUAAAGAGUUGUUCAAGUUUAUUUCUGAAAGAGAAACGUGCCACUAUUCUGUGGAGGUUUCUAUUGUGGAAAUUUACAAUAAUGAAGUGUUCGAUCUGCUAGCAAAAGACAGUGAUGGGACAAUGCGAAGCAUCAAGAGGGACGUUAUCACAAUGGUUAAUGGACGGAGCAGUGUGCCAUCUUUGACGUAUGAGCGAGUAGAAAAUGUAACUGAAAUCAUGUAUUUCUUAAACCUUGGGAUGCAACGCCGAGUGAAACAUCCAACACUGGUCCACACUGACUCCUCUCGCUCUCACCUGAUUGUUACCCUUACUGUUACAAUGCAUGGCCCUACACCUAGAGGCAUGGAAAAUGAACAGGAGUCAUCAUAUCACAAUUGUUCAUCAAUUAAAAAUACAGAGGAAUAUGUCCAGCUUUCUCCACCAAAGCCAAAUAUUGUAUUGGUGCCAGAACACUCGAAGCGUAUGAAAAUGAAAUUAGAACUAGUUGAUCUUGCAGGCAGUGAAUGUGUUGGAUAUUCAGCUGCUUUACCAGCUCCACCUCCUAAUGGCAGAAAGCUAAAAGCACAUAUGCUUGAGGCAGCCAUCUGUGUGCUGGGCUAGAAGUGUCUCUAAAUGUACAGAGAGAAGUAAUUCAUUAUUAUCAGUCCACACUAGGAGUGCCAUCAACCCGAGAAUAAAUAUAAACAGUUGUGUUGUUUUCUGCUUUAAAGGUCUUAAAUCAUAUGAAUUCUAGAAGUAAACAUGAAAUAGUGGAUAUCAGAAGUGUACACAUAGUUACUGAACUUUCAGUUUUCAUUGAUGUUAAGGCUGAAAUAAUUUUUUGAGAGAAUAAGGAAAAAUCCCUUUCUACACCAUGGCUGUAUGAGUGUACACACCUUUACAUGAUGGGGUUUGGGUGACUGUUAAACCCCAAAGUCUAAUUCAAGCAAAGUGAAGGUUUAGCUGUCUCGCCACCUACAACAGCCUAUGCCUUGGCACCCAGAGUGGCCUCUCGCAAAUAGUUGGGCAGGUGGGAACUUUACAAAGAUACCUAUAAGAGAGCACAGAUUUUAUUGUUACCAUUUAUAAUGGUGGGUAAGCUUCACAAAACCUAAGGCAUUAAUUCACAAACCAUCCAAAGCAUUGAUGAAGAUGUAUUAACAUUCCUUAGAACUACAUUAAAGGUAGUUGGAGCAAAUAGCUACCAGACCGUGAAGAGAAGUGUGUUUCCUUUAGGGAAUCAGGAAGCAUUGGUAAAGUAAGACAAACAUUUCUAGAACUGCAUACUAUAUAUAAUUCUUCUUGUGCCUCUCUUAAAUGUAACUCAAUGCAGAAAGAAAUGAAGCUGCACCACAGAUAUAUUUGCAUUGUAGCGUAAUUGAGCUCUGCUUGUAUUCCUUACAGUUCACCUUUAUUCUUAAACAUUCUUACGUCACGUCAAUGUACAUGUGCUAGUUAAUCUGUUAUUGACGUUUUUGGGAUAAUGUACAACUUAUAGAAACACUGACUGGGCAGGGAAGUGAAUUCAGGUCACUGUGAGAUAUGGGGCCCCGCUGUAUUACCAUAUUGUAAUUCCUGCAUUAAAAUGAAAUUGCAUUGAGUAUUGUCACCGCAUAAACAUCUGUCAUUUCUAAUGGUGGUAUUUACUGUAAGAGCCUGUUUAGUUGUGUCAUUAAUCACAUUGGCAUUGUGACCACUCUGCAAUGGUAAGCAUGUUUCUGCUCCAUGUGGAACUAACUGAACAUCAGUUAGAAGAUUGUAUGAAACCUGUAUCAUGCGCUGCUGCCCUGCAUACUUUCAGACAACGUUCCUGUUGACAGUAACAUAUUGCAGCGAGACUUAAUUUUUACCAAAACUGGAAAGUUGCAAUGUCAUCAUGGAAACAUACUGAUAGAAAACAUCUCUUAAUUCAUCUAUUUUCAGCCUCACUUAAAUCAAAUUUAGGAUUGUAGAGCCAGGAGAUUUUUUUAACAGUGUCGGGUAUAAUGCAAAGGACACUCGGACUCACACCCCCAGUUAGACAGGACGGAGUCCCCUGUUAAACAAACUUUCAUGCCUCUUUGAUGUCAGAGGAAGUACAAAGUCUGCACAGGCAGACUUCUGGGUGAGAUUCAGACUCAGAAGUGUGGGGAUGUGUAAGAGUAGUGCUGUCCAUUGUGAAAUUGUGUCACCUCGUUUAAAAAAAAAAAAAAAAAUUAAAGAAAUGUGUACUAAAUAUUAUACUAAGUUUGUAAGCCUCGCCAUCUCUGGCUUGAGAAAGCUCUUCUCUCACUUUGCUGUGCCUUCAGUGUGACUUGGACUUUUCCAACGUUACAUUUAGUUAUUUGUAACUUACGAUAUUUGUGAUACAAUUGGUUAUGUUUCUUUUGUUUUUCCAAGUGGAGCAGAGCCACGUGACGUGACGUGACGUGACAUGACUUGCUCGGGGUUGUGCAGUGUCAGUGGUGGGAUUUGAACCCACAGCCUCAGGGUCUGAGGACCAAAGCUUUAACCACUGCGCCAGCUCCAUUAAAUGUGACUUUUUUCCAUUUAUAAACAGGUUAGGUAAAGGUGUCCCCAAAUUCACGCAAGAAGUAAUUUUGAUAGAGAUAGAGAACACAGGUUUUUAAUUAAAAAUUGUAAAUUUUUAAUUGAUUCAUAAAGUAUACAGCAGGGCUACUCAAAUAUAAAUUUGAAAGGUCCACUUACUAAAUUUCCGUUCAGUCUGAGGUCCGCAAAAGUGACGGUCAAAUUUCAAAUAGAGAACUCCAAAAAAAGGCAAAAGUCUUGGGAAGUGAAGCAGGUCCUGCUGUAAGUCACAUUUGAACACCUCCAGCUUCCUCUGGAAAGCACGGACAGCUAACAUGAGGUCACACACUGUGCUGUUUUUGCCUCAGAGCUUCAUAUUAAAGUCAUUAAGAUGGGAAGUAAUGUCCGUUAGAAAAGCAACAAUUUCCAUUUUCUCGUCAUUCUUCAUGAAAUCCACAAACGGUUUGGCUUUUGCACUCUUCUGAUCCAACAGAAAUGUCUCCAGCUCUUUCCGCAGUGCCCAAAAACGCUCCAGUACCUUGCCUUUACUAAGCCACCGGACAUUGUUGUGAAGGAGCAAAUCAUCAAAUGUUGCAUUCACCUCUAUUAGAAAUAAGCGCAAUGAACGAUGCUGCAAAGCAGAGGAUGCUCUCAGAUAAUUGACUAGUUUCAUGACUGUUGUCAUGACUUCUGAGUACCUUUCUCCAAGGCUGGCACACAAAACCAUCUGGUGAAUUAUGCAGUGGUAUGCCAUGAGGUCAGGGUGGUGAGUUCUCAAGCGUGACACUAAUCCCCUCUCUUUCCCAAUCAUACAUGGUGCGCCAUAAGUAGCAAUGGAAACAACAUGCUUCGGGUCUAUCGCUCUGUCUCUAAGCAUCAGUGUCACUGCUUCAUAGAUAUCAUCCCCCUUUGUGUGUCCAUGGAGGUUUGUGAGACCCAAAACAUCUUCAUGAAAUUCUCCCUUUUCUUCAUCAAAAAAUCUGACAAAGACCAUGAGUUGUGCAUUGUCCGUGAUGUCUGUGGAUUCAUCCACAGCCAAUGAAAUGAAUUUGGCUUUUUUUAUAGCAGAACUAAGUUGUUCAAGCAAAUCAUCAGCGAGUAUUUCAGUUCGUCUUGCAGCAGUGGAAUCAGAACAGGGUAUUUGGUUUAUUUUCUGGAUUAUUUCAUCCUUUUGAGUCCCUUCAAACAGAGCAGUCACCACUUCACUCAUACACUCUUUGACUACUUCAGCAUCAGAGAAGGGUUUCUUGUUUUUUCCCAGGACCCAUGCUACUCUUAGUGGGGCUCCUGUUGUGUGGCUGAUCUAACUAUUACACUGCUUGUAGCUUCAUAUGAUGAUUUCAGCUGGUUUAUUUUUAUGGUCCUUACCUCUGAGUUCUGAGGGUAAUUUUGUUCGAAAUGUGCAUGCUUGGUUUCAUAAUGGCGUUUCACAUUACCACUUUUGAUUAUUGCUACCGUCUCGUUGCAGAUUAAACACAUUGGUUUUCUGCUUCCCACGGGGAGCACGAACGCAUAUUUUUCUGUCCACUCACUCUUAAAUUCACGGUUUUCAAAAUCAACUUUUCUUUUCUUAUCAAUGUACUGUCUUGAGCCAGCUAUCUUCACUUUCAGUCAGCAAAAAAAAAAUUCAGUUAUCGAAAUUUGCACUGCCUGCGAGUGAUGAGACUGCCUGUUCACCGGCCUGACCCAGAGCACGUGACCGGUACAUAAAUCUGGCUGCCGUGAAUGAGCGAGCGAGCAAGCGAGUAUUGGGGGGGAGGCGGGGAGUAGUGGGAACGUUGCUAUAACAAUACUAUUACAGCUGCUGUGAUUGGACAUAGAUGAAGCAGCCAAACCGAGUAGAAACCUCAAAGAUAUAUCGCGUGGAAUCACAAUUGCGCACUUCAUUGAAAACUCAUUUGGAUUAUGAUUAAAUUUGAAUGUUUUGGUGUCGGUCCAGAUUUAACCGUAUUUGGGUCCGGAUGCGGACCGGAGUCCGCCUAUUGAGUACCCCGGGUAUACAGUAUAGGGUUAUGUAUGGAAUAGCAUAUCGGGUAAAUGGCCUCCACAGCUUUGCUGCACAUACGCACUCUUUUGUCAAAAUUUUCCAUGACCGUUUUGCAUAAAUGUGGCUGAAUUUCAUUGAUACAACACUCAAUUACCUCCUUCAAAGUGUGGGUGGUCGUGGGCUUGAUGGCAUAAACCUUAGACUUCAAAAAACCCCAAAGAAAAAAGUCCAAAGGCGUUAAAUCGCAUGAUCUGGGCGGCCAAUUUUGAUCACCAAAACGGGAAAUUACACGACCAGGAAAACUGUAGCUGCCAAACCUUCAUUAUUUUUAAAAUAUUGCUGAGCAAUGAAAACGCGUUGUUCGUUCGUGUUGCGCUCCAUUUUUAAUAACCCUGAACUGUGAGCUGUCAUGCUGUCUUUUUUUUUUUUUCCAUUGGCAACACUUUACCGCACAAAUGGCGCCAAAUUCAAAUCUUGAGUGAAUUUUGGGACACCCUAUAGAAGUUGGGUUGAUAAAUUUUCAAAUGGUGUGAAACAGGGUAAUUGAUUUUUGUUAUUUGCUUUGAUUUCUGUGAGUUUAUUUCUUAAAUAUUUUUAUGGUACCUAUUUUUAACUUUCAGUGUAAAAUACUGUAGUUGUCUACCCCUCAGUAGUGUAUGAUCUUGUCUAAUUUGGUUACUCUCUGAGUAGUAUUGAUAUUUUGAAUGUACUUUAUUCAGUUGUUAACAGUUACAGGUUACAUUCGUCCUAUUAUAUAGAUAGCAUCCUUUAGUUUAUGUAAGUAUGACUUGCCAGGCUUCUUAAUAUUUACCACAGCAUGUUUUUACAGAACUGAACAUGUUUUGGAGAUUUAAGAAUUAACUUUCAUUUCCCCCCUCACAGCAAUGUCUGGUGUAACUGGCGCAGCCCUUCUGGAAACCUCUUUUAUUAACCGCAGUUUAUCAGCCUUAGCAGAUGUACUUGGAGCGUUA